CAUUGGAUCCACGUGCGCAUUCACGCGCGCAUCCAAAACUGAUACUCCGACCCACCAAAAGCAGCGACCAUUAAUUUUCCCCCUCCUUUUUAUUAAUUCCUUGGAUUAAACCAAGCAGCAAAUUCUUGCCGUAGAAAUUAGAAUUCCCAGCAGAAAUACAAAUAGGUGGUGCAUCGUCGCGUUCUUGUAAUCUACUAAAAUUCUUCCAUUUUUCAGUAAUCCUUUCCCUUCUCCCGCAUCGAUCGGACCAAGAACAGAAGGGGUAGAAAGAAACAAGAACUGAAUUAGCCAGUGGUAAUUCCGGUCUCCAUUUGGUGGAUUUAUCCAAUCCGAUGGCAAGAUUGGCCGCUGAAUCGUGACUCAAUUCCCUGACAAAUUUCUCGUGGAUUCCGUGGAGAAAGGUGUGACCUUUGCGAUGCAGUACAACCACCGCAGCCGCUUGCCUCCGCCGCCGUUCGGCCGCGGCGGGUAUCCCCGCGGCCACAAGCAGCCGUACUACGCUCCGCCUCCUCCUCCGCCGUUUCCUCCGGCGCCGCCACCGCCACCGCCGCCGCUAGAGCGCAAGUACGAGGUGCUGAUGGAGGCCGGUCGCCUCGCCGCAGAGUAUCUGGUCGCCCAGGGCGUGCUCCCGCCGGCCGCCCUGCAGCGCGGCGCCGGCGUCCCUGGCGCGUGGCCCGCUCAUCCUCUUCCUCCGCCCCCGCAGCUGCCACCGCAGGAACCCCCUGGGUUUUAUGGCCGGAGGAGGUACGAAGAUGAAUACAACAAUAACCCUAGCGGCCGGCCUAGGCGAGCCAAUGGCACUAGUAGUAGCACCAGUAGCAGAGAUGAUUGCAGCCGUGGCAGCUACAAUGGAAGAGGGAAGAGGAAGUAUGGGGAAUACAGGAGGGGGUAUUUGGAUUCAGGGAGGGACAGGGAGAAGGAGAGGGGAAGGCCAUUUCCAAAUGGCCGGCGCUACGAGGAGGACGGGGAUGAAGAUGGGGCACCUGGGUUUUGGAGGGAGCGACGCGGCAAUCGGGGGAGUGAUGAGGUGAGAACUAGUGUUACAGAGGCAGUGAAGGAGGGGACACCAUUGACAGCGAAGGCUGUAGCCGGCAUGGAGGAUACAACGCCGAAGAUUAUGAGCUCUGUUGAAGAAGCUAGUAAGGAUGCUAAUGAUGCGCCAAAGGUGGUGGAGGAGACUGAGGAAGGUGAGGUGGAGGAUGACAGUGAGACGCAGAAUUCAGAAACUGAGGUGGUCAAGCAAGGGAUAGACACCGACGUAAAUCAUGCUUCUUGUCGUAUUGUUACAGAGUCAGAACCCAACCAGUUACCAGAUGGUAAGAUUCAAGAUGAGGAAGCUGAAGAUGACAAAAAAUUUAUGGAUGAAGCUACUUUGGAUCACAACACUUCUGAUGGUGAGGUGACAAAUAUGGAAGUUGAGAUGCACGUUGGUAAGAAGAGUUUGAUUGACUAUUGUAACUUCACAAGAACCCCAACAAGGCCCAGGUCAGUGCGUGCACACAGAAAUGCAGCAUCUAUCCCAGGAGAAACUGCAGUAGUUGAAACAGUUGAUCUAGUUUCUUCUGGUCAAGCUUCACAGAUGGUAAUCGGUGAACCUGCUGAGAGAUCUUUGACUAACAUUGCGUCAGAAAACAGAGAAGAUAAAAUUUGCCAAGAAAACACUAGCUCUGGUGAUGUCUGUGCUCAACCAAAAGAGUCGAUGCUUCUUCAAGAAAAUGGAAUACCAGUUGUGACUGAAAACAUGGCAGAAGAGAAGGUUGAUGCACAAGCACAUUUGGUCAUCCAGCAAUAUAAGGAAGAAACUAACUUAUCUCCGUUAACAGAUGCCCUCAAGAAGAGCUCAAUGCAGGAAACCACCUUAUCUCCAUUUGCAGCUUCUCACAAGGAUAGCUUGACGCAAGAGGAUGGCUUGAUGCAAGAAGCUGAUUUAUCUCCGUUGAUAGCUAAUCACAGGGAUAGCUUGAUUAAAGAAACAGAAUUGCCUCCAUCAACAGCUUCUCACAAGGACAGCUUGAUUGAGGAAACUGACUUAACUCAGACAAUAUCUUCUUAUGUGAAUAACUUGAAGUUACAAUUUAAGGAAGGAACACAGAUCUGUGAUAUUGAUAUGCUGCCACAAGAUGUGGACCUGAUUGAGUUGCCCGAUCAAAGGAAAAUCAUUGGUCGUGAUGUUGGUGCAGAAGCUGUCAUUGAAAUGGAAGAAGGAAAGCUGGAUCAAUCUAGCUCACUAAAUCUAUCAGAUAUUGACCUAGUUGGCAGUACAGAGGUUGCCGCUAUACACAAUAAUCCAGUGUUGGUCCAGCCGUCUACAGCUGGAUCUUCCUCAGAGUCAAAUAAUAAGCAGCAAGAAGAUCUUGAAAUUUUUACAGGUGCCAAUGCGAGUCCUACAGAUGAUUUGUGCCAGCUUCCAUUAGAUAAUAAGGAUGUUCAGGUAAUUGAUAUAGAAUGUGGCACACCAGUUGAAGUUGGUGGAUUUGAUUUGUCAAAGUCAACACAUAAUAAUCCAGUGUUGGUCCAGCCAUCUGCAGCUGGAUCUUCGGCAGAGUCAAAUAAUAAACAGCAAGAAGAUCCUGAAAUUUUUACAGGUGCCAAUGCCAGUCCUACAGAUGAUUUAUGCCAGCUUCCGUUAGACAAUAAGGAUGUUCAAGUAAUUGAUAUAGAAUGUGGCACACCAGUUGAUGUUGGUGGAUUUGAUUUGUCAAAGUCGAAGAAUGAGAUGGUAUGCUCUAGCAUGGAUAGCAUCAUGGACAAUGGAAAUGGAAUACAUACGGAUGUUCUUCCUGGUAUUCAAGAUGGCUACAGCCUUGCAUUUUCAGAUUUUCUCGGUUCUGAUAUACCAUGCUACCCACCAAUGCAAUCAGAUCUUCAUGCUGGAAUAGGUGUCAAUGACUCAGAGGGUAUUACUGUCAUGGAUGAUCCAAUAUAUGGGUCUCUCACUGAUAUUGGUUUCAUGGACGUGUGGGGGCAGCCCACUCAAGACUACGACAAAUUCUUCUAGGCUGCUGCCGAAGGCCGAAGUUCAGGAAUUUGACAGGAAAAUUAGUUGAGUUAGCUCAGUACAGGCGAUAAUAAAUAGAUUGGGUUAUCUCAGAGAAAUGUUGUAUUCAUCCCUAAUUGUAGAGAUAGAGAUACUGUUUUUUUUCCGAUACCCAUUUGGACGGAGUUACUGAUCCAAAGACUGGUCUUAUGCGUUCAAGUUGAAUGAUUUGACUGCGUUGUUUUUCCUUUUUUUAAUUAGCCACAUACACUCGGCAACUUCUUCCUUGACUA